AUGAUGUUAAAAGUGUUAGGUGGAGUUGGUGGUGGUGGUGGGGAUGGCAAUUGUGGAGGUGGUGGUGGUGGUGGUAGUGGCAGCAUAGUGGUGGUUGUGGUGUUGGUUGUGGAGAUGGUAGUGGAUGUGGAGGUUUUGGAGGAGGAGGUGGUUGUGGUGGUGGUGGUGGUGGUGGAGGUGGAGGAGGUGGUGGUGGAGGUGGAGGAGGUGGUGGAGGAGGUGGUGGUUGUGGUGGUGGUGGCGGAGGAUGAGGAGGAGAAGGAUGUGGUGGUGGAGGUAGUGAAUGUGGUGGUGCAAGUGCUGGAGUUGGAUGUGGAAGUGAAGGUGAUGUCAUUUUUAAAAAUGAAUGAUGGUAUUUUGGGAAUUAAAAAAAUUAAUUAA